UGUAUGGCAGAACGUUUAAAAACAAAAUUACUCGAUGCUGAUAAAAUGGUUGAUAUUGUUUGUGGUCCUGAUGCUUAUCGUUCAAUUCCUCAUUUAUUAUCUUUGGCUAUUCAAACUUCUCAAGGUGUUGCUAAUGUUAUGUUAUCAGCCGAUGAAACCUAUGCUGAUAUAAUGCCUGUUAGAUUACAUCAAGGCAAUGUUAGUGCUUCUUUAAGCAUUGAAAGAAGUCGUCCCUUAUAUCCAUCUAUUAUUGAAGAGAUCAAAACUCUAAGUGAUCAAGGUGUUAAAGAAGUGGUUCUUCUUGGACAAAACGUGAAUUCAUAUCGAGAUACAAGUGAAUAUGAAUUUUAUAAACCACUUGGUAUUGGUGACCAACUUAGUAACGAUGGUUUCAAAACCAUAUAUCGUCGAAAAGAGGGUGGUAUAAGAUUUACUGAAUUACUUGAUCAUGUAUCCCAAAUUGAUCCAGAGAUGCGAAUACGUUUUAUAUCACCUCAUCCAAAAGAUUUUCCAAAGGAUCUAUUGAACCUGAUCGCGGAACGACCAAAUAUUUGUAAUCAAAUUCAUCUUCCAGUACAAUCUGGAAAUACAAAAGUGCUGGAACGAAUGCGACGUGGAUAUUCACGUGAAGCAUAUUUAGAUUUAAUUAAUACCAUCCGAGAUAUAAUACCUAAUGUAUCUAUUAGUACUGAUAUUAUAACUGGAUUUUGUGGAGAAACAGAAGAAGAACAUCAGGAUACUAUAAGCUUAAUGGAAAUUGUCAAGUUUGAUAUGGCAUAUAUGUUUGCCUAUAGUAUGCGUGAAAAAACCCAUGCUCAUCGUAAUUAUCACGAUGAUGUGCCUGGAAAUGUCAAAACUCGUCGAUUAAAUGAAAUAAUUCAAACUUUUCAUAUAAAUGCAAAAAUUAAAUUAAACACUUUAUUAGGUAUUCCACAAUUAGUAUUAGUAGAAGGUAUUUCAAAUCGUCAUAAUGAAAGACUUAGAGGACGUACAGAUGGAGGACAUAAAAUCUAUUUUAAUAAUACUUCAGUAUUAGAGAGCAUAGAUAAUCAAAUGUUGAAUAGUUCAUUUAAUAGUCAAAUUUUAGAUAUUCAAAAGAUUGAUGUAAAGAUUGGAGAUUACGUUAUCGUGGUACCAACAUCAACCACGGGUGCUACUUUAUUUGGUAUAUCUAUAGCCAAAAGUUCCAUACAUCAAUUUAGUAGGCUAAACUAUAAUGAGAAUAUUAAAAAAUACACAUUGUGUUAA